GUCCUUAAAGGUCAUGGAACCACAGAAUGGUUUGGGUUGGAAGGAACCCUAAAGGUUAUGGAGCCAUGGAAUGGGUUGGGUUGGAAGGGUCCUUAAAGGUCAUGGAAGCAGAGAAUUCUGGAAUGGGUUGGGUUGGAAGGGUCCUUAAAGGUCAUGGAAGCAGAGAUUCUAGAAUGGGUUGGGUUGGAAGGGUCCUUAAAGGUCAUGGAAGCAGAGAUUCUAGAAUGGGUUGGGUUGGAAGGGUCCUUAAAGGUCAUGGAAGCAGAGAUUCUAGAAUGGGUUGGGUUGGAAGGGUCCUUAAAGGUCAUGGAAGCAGAGAUUGUAGAAUGGGAUGGGUUGGAAGGGUCCUUAAAGGUCAUGGAAGCAGAGAAUUCUAAAUGGGCUGGGUUGGAAGGGUCCUUAAAGGUCAUGGAAGCAGAGAAUUCUAAAUGGGUUGGGUUGGAAGGGUCCUUAAAGGUCAUGGAAGCAGAGGAUUCUGGAAUGGGUUGGGUUGGAAGGGUCCUUAAAGGUGAUGGAAGCAGAGAUUCUAGAAUGGGUUGGGUUGGAAGGGUCCUUAAAGGUCAUGGAAGCAGAGAUUCUAGAAUGGGUUGGGUUGGAAGGGUCCUUAAAGGUCAUGGAAGCAGAGAUUCUAGAAUGGGUUGGGUUGGAAGGGUCCUUAAAGGUCAUGGAAGCAGAGAUUCUAGAAUGUGUUGGGUUGGAAGGGUCCUUAAAGGUCAUGGAAGCAGAGAUUCUAGAAUGUGUUGGGUUGGAAGGGUCCUUAAAGGUCAUGGAAGCAGAGAUUCUAGAAUGGGUUGGGUUGGAAGGGUCCUUAAAGGUCAUGGAAGCAGAGAUUCUAGAAUGGGUUGGGUUGGAAGGGUCCUUAAAGGUCAUGGAAGCAGAAAAUGGUUUGGUUUGAAAAGGUCCUUAAAGGUCACAGAACCACAGAAUUCUGGAAUGGGUUGGAAAGGUCCUUCAAGGUCACAGAACCCUUGGGCAGGGAUGGGGCUCCCACAACAGUGCCAGCUCCUGAGCUCCAUCUGGGUGAAGGAUUUCCCCCCCCCUAUAUCUCCUUCACCUUAAAGCCGUUCUCCCAUGAGUUUAAUGGCUUCCAUGAGCCAACAUUUGCUUCCUCUUUCUUUCAGCACCUGAACUUCAAGUAGAAUUUUCCCUCUUAGGAAAUCUCCCUUCCUCUUUUCCCUCCCGCGCCCCUCACCUCUAACAAAAUCCAUUUCUGGUGUCUUCUGAGAGCAUUUCUGUGCUCGUGGAUUGGUGUCAACUCAUUCCUCAGUAAUUUUCUUCUCGUUUUUCAGCACUGAGCCAAGCUAUCAGCCUGGACCUGCCAGAAAC